AUGGCGAUUGGAAUAAUGGAGGUGAAGCUGGUGCGUGCUAAAGGUCUCAAACAGUCUUAUUUUCUAGGUAAAAUAGAUCCAUACGUUUUGCUUCAAUACAGAAAUCAAGAGUACAAGAGCAGAAUUGCAAAAGGGCAAGGUCGCAACCCAAUAUGGAAUGAGAAGUUUAAAUAUAUAGUCGAUUAUCCAGAGAAUGAUGAGCAGUACAAACUCGUGCUCAAGGUCAUGGAUCACGACAAGUACACUGCAGAUGAUUAUCUCGGCGAGGCAAAGAUUUAUGUGAAAGAACUUAUAGAAUUAGGAGUGGAGAAAGGAAAGGCUAAACUUCGUCCUCGGAAAUACAGAGUUGUAUAUACCAACCUAACUUAUUGCGGAGAGAUUCAAGUUGGAAUUACUUUUACUGUAAAGAAAGAAACCAUUGAAGGAGACAUUUUUCGAAAAUCUUCACGAAGAUAUUUGGACGACGAAGAACGAACCACCAAAAGAAUCAAACUUUGGUAGCAAGAAGAAUAAGGAAGAAGAAAAAUAGCAAGAAGAAUAAGGAAGAAGAAAAAUACGUAUCGACUUAAUUUGGGAAUUUAAUGUUGUUGUACAACCAUUCUUUUGCUCCCUCUUGUUGAAUCUGAAUUGCUUUAGGGACUCUAAACAAAUAAUUUUAGCUGAUUAUUCAACCUUUAAUCUGGAUUACAAAAUAUACAAGGAUAUCCGGAGAAAGAACAAGAAAAGGAACUUUUUUAAAAAUGUGAGUUUAGGUUUUUGAAAUUUGUAUAAUUUGAUUCAAAGAUUUGGGGUAUUAAUGUUAUGUUCUUGUAUCAA